AUGACGCAACAGCUCUCAGAGAAGAGUGACGUGUACAGCUUUGGUGUCGUCAUGCUAGAGAUACUAAGUGGCAGGCUUCCCAUAUCGAAGGGCAGGUACAUUGUCCGGGAAUUCAGGAUGGCCAUAGACCCUAACGAUCACGACUACUACGGUCUGCAAGGCAUCGUCGACCCAGCCAUCCACGACACCACACAUACCACGGGGUUCAGGAGGUUUGUGCAGCUGGCCAUGGAGUGCGUGGAGGAGUCGGCCUCGAGGCGGCCCACGAUGAGCUCCGUGGUGAAGGAAAUCGAGACGAUGCUGCACAGCGAGGGGCUGAGCUCGGGCAGCUCAUCCGUCACGGAAUUUGAGCAAACAGGGGGUGGUGCGAACUCGCACCCGUACAGCGGACCAGUGGUCACGGCUCGCUCCAACAGCAGCAGCAGCAUAGUGGAAGAACCGCCCCACCCUGAGACUCAACACUGCGAACCGUAG